CAGUAAUCACAAUGUACAUACACGUUCACAGAGAGGAAGCAACGCGGUACAGCUGCUGUGAUAUCUUUGAGACUUUUGAUUCGUGUCGACAUUCAUCUCGCCAACAUCAAGGCGUGGUACGUAAAGAAAGGAUCCCUGGAAGAGAUUAUGGCAAAAUGUACAUGGAAAUACGACCUUAAUAAUGGACGAUAUAGUUAUCUCAACAGCUUUUUACGAAUCCAUUAAAGGCGAUAACAUGGAGAAAUACACUCAGCCACCUCUCAUUGGAAGGAUAUCAGCUUGAAAAAUGACGACGAAAUUCAAUGCCGUUAACACGAACUCUGUUUCAUUGCGCACAAUGGCCACUGACUCUUCAGUCACGGUGAAUGUGUUGCCAGCAUUUGGAUACCACCUUAUCGGGGCACUUUUUGUAAUAGCAAUAAUCAUUUCGGUUUUGGCGAACGGAUGUGGUUUGUUGGUGUUCAUGAAAAACAAGACUCUGCGCUCACCGACAAAUUUGUUCAUCAUAGCAUUAUGUGUUUGCGACAUAUUGAUGUGUUCGUGUUCAGCUGUGGCGUGUGCAGCCAGUUUUAGCCAUGGGUGGGUGUUUGGUGAUGUGUUCUGUGUUCUUGAAGGAUUCAUGGUGUACUUCCUAGGCCUUACCUCCAUGUACCUUCUGGCCGCCAUAUCAGUUGACAGAUACAUUGUGAUUUCGAAGCCUCUCAUGUCCUAUAAGAUUACCCAUCGUGUCGCAGCUACAGCUAUCUCCGUGUGCUGGGGGUUGGGCUUCUUCUGGGCAGCUCUUCCUCUGGUAGGGUGGAGUCAUUAUAGCUUGGAAGGGGUCGGGAUUUCUUGUAGUAUUGCAUGGCAGAGUAAAGACCCCGUCAGCACCAGCUAUAUCAUCAUCAUCUUUGUUUUGUGCUUCAUCUUCCCACUUUGUAUCAUGGCCUUCUCCUACAUAAACGUGUACCUCACGGUCCGCAAUAUUGCAAGAAGUAAUGUAUGGGACAUGAAGAGUCGGGUGGCAAGAAAGAAUCUCAGACUGGAAAGAAAAUUGUUUAAAACAUGUUUCCUUAUGGUUUGCAUCUUCGUGUUCUCGUGGCUACCAUAUGCCAUCGUGUCUUUCAUGUCGGCGUUUGGUAAUUCUGGAGAAAUUACCCCUUUAAUGGCGACACUUCCGGCUCUUGUUGCUAAAUGCUCUGGAUUAUGGAACCCUGUGAUUUACAUAGCCACAAAUGCUCAAUUCAGGAAUGCCUUUUAUAAACUCUUUCCUUGUUCGAAGAUGGUUCUUGUUGACAAAGAUCAAGAGGAUUUCAAAAGCAAUAAUUCUGAUGAUAAUAACAUGACGUCUAAAAGAUCAAACGAACCCAAUGAAAAGAAUAUCAAAGAUGACAUUGGAGCGAUAGUGUUCACGUUCCAGUCAAUAACAGAGCAUGCACCUGGUCACACGGUAGUGAAGGAGUUGUCGCCUCGUGUGUCGCAAGCGAAUGGUAGAUUUGUUCCAGAGAAAGUUGAGCUUACAGAUCUAAGUAUCACAAACAAGGUGGACGCAUGAGCUGAAUAGGUCGGUGUCAUUUAUCCAUCAAGGACAGUGUGAUUGAAGCAUAAUUAUCAUGGCACCAUCAUUACAUUAUAUUGAAGUCUUCUUUUUCAAAGCUGAUUAUUUACGGAAUGAUACUCGAUGUUCAUUUUUUUAAUGUUACAAAUGUUUGCAUAUUGAAAGAGAUUAAUCAUAUAUUAGUAUCAGACACAUACAAUGUUUUAGACAAUCACCACAGUAAACAACAAACAAACAAACUAAACUAUUGUAUGUUGUCAUGCUCUAAUUCGCAGAGACAAGAAAGGCCCACGUUUACGUGAUGGUAUUAUGUUUAUUGCUGAAAUAUACAUUCCAUGUUGAAAUACCAUCACCGAUUCUUAUGUGUCUAUAUGUUGUAUGAUGCAUAUUAAUCAUAUUUACAGUGCAUAUCGAAUUUGAGAUAUUGUAUGAUCGCUCACUGUCAUUACAGAAGGAAGAAUAUUUGAGGUUUUAAGAGUAUACCAGUAUUAUGUUUAUCUGUCUGAAAGUCUCCAGGUAAUUAUGAUAUUGAUGACAGAAAUUCCAUCAACUUUAUAGCAUGGAACAGUGAAGGUUUUGUGAGAAAUAAACUGUGAUAUCUUGUUUCGGGUCAUAUUUAUUGCGAACACAUUUCCCCAGAAGUUGCACAUAAAAUGUGCCACCUGCA